CGGAGAUCGUUUCGAGCGUUUGAUAACAGCCAGCGAGUAUAUAACACGAGGACGGGAUUCGUAUACUUUGCCUAAAUCCUACAUUCCGACAAGUCAUCUGCCCAAUCACCACCACGGUAUACGAUCCGAUCAUUGAAUCUGCAUCUACCUCACCAACACCACCUACACCACCAAUAUUUUCCAUCAACAACUGUCCUUGGCGCAUUCCCUAUCAAACCACACAGCCCGAUAAGACUAAAGGCAGGAGAGUUACAAUGAAAGUCAUCAUCGUAGGCGCAACGGGUUUCCUCGGCAGCGAAGUCCUCCGACAGGCCCUCGCACGCAAGGACAUCACAAAAGUCGUCGCCGUCACGCGCCGCGUGCUUGCUGAAAAUGUAGUGAAGGCGGAUGCAGAGAAGAAGAUGGAAAAUGUGGUGGUGAAGGAUUACGAUGUCUAUGACGAGAAGGCAAAGGGCGCGUUUGCGGGGGCGGAUGGGUGUAUUUGGACAAUAGCGAUAACCCCCAUGCGCGCAUCAAAAACCCCAUGGGAAGAAGUCGUCCGGGUGUGCCAAACAUCCACGCUCGUCGGGCUACGCACCAUCUUUGAAUCCGGGCCCGCGAAUCCAUUUCGUUUUCUUUAUGUGAGCGGUGUUUCGGGGGAGCGCGAUCAGACUAAGAAACCGUGGUAUCACACACAGUAUUGUUUGAUGAGGGGCGAGACAGAAUCACAGGUUCUAGCUUACGCUAAAUCGCAUGCUCCGCUCAUCGAAGCGACUGUCGCGAAACCCGGUCUGAUUGUCGAUCCGGGGAAUCUCGGGCAGAGGGUUCUGUCGAUGGGGCUGCGAGUGACUGGAGUUGUCCCGAGUGUGGGGUUGAGGGAAAUUUCCAAGGCGAUGCUGGAUCAGGUUGUUGGUGGGUUUGAGAAGGAUCCGUUAUUGAAUGCGGAUUUGGUUAGGCUUGGGGCGGGUGCUUAG